AUGUCAAUGAGACCCACUCGUUGCAUAGAUGCUAAACCUGGUCCGAAGAUGCAAAAGUUCUUCUUAACACUCAUGUCUGACCAUAGGGAGUACGGUCAUGAAGAGGUCAUACAGAUCUUCGAUCAGUGUGUACCAAAACCUGAGAAUCCAGACGAACUCUUCAUGAAAAUUUACUUGCUUCAAUGGAGAGAUGAGAGAACAGAUAUGAAACUCAGACCAAUACCAAUCUUUCUAGGUUUCUGCAAUUACCUAGAACAAGCAUACCAGAUUAAAGGGUCUGACACCAUCUUCCUCCAAAAAUAA